AUGUUCUUCGCGAUCGCGAGCAGCGUCGAGGAAGUCGCGAGACCGCUUCAACUCGGUGGCGUGGCUGCCAUCGGGGUACGCAAGUGGGACGCCAGCUGGGAAGGGACAUUGAAGUGGAACGCGAUGAUGUUAAAAGAUCACUCCGAGAAUCGACGGACAAUGGAGAGUUGGCUAGCGUGGGCUGGGGCCGUGGAGUGCCGCUGCAGGCAUCGUAGUGUUGGUGGUAACUACUCCGCUAAGGAACGUCUCGUGGGCGUUCCUGGACAGCGUCGUCGACAGCUGAAGGACGGUUUACUUCUUCUGGUACAGAUAUCUCGAAGCAGCGCGGAACGCGAAUGCCUCUGCGCUACCUCCUCUCGAGUAUGCGUGCGCCCUAGUCUCGUUGGCGCUCCUGAUCCCGAUUGCUGUACUGCAAGAUUACGGUUUGGGAUAACAGGACGGCUGUGCUUGAGGUGGUGCGAGACGUUCCACCACUCGCGCUGUAUGUUCGUUCCUGACGCGAUCCAGCUACUCUGGGUGUUGACCUGCAAGUACGCGCGAGCUACGGGAGAAGCUGCGAUGGCGGUGAUCGAGAGGACAGGUCAUUUCUUAGUGGGUACCUAUUUGACGGCCGCGCGGUUACAGUCUAUGCUAGUGUACCUGCCCCGAUUGGUGUACGAGAGUGUGGAAGGCGUGCUAGGCGGUUGGAUCGGCGUGGCGUUCGUUACAUUCGUGGUGGAUGUCUACCUCGAGUUUACAGUAGAAAGCUGCUACUGGAGUGUGGCUGUUCUAGUGGUUGGCUGCUAUAGUCAUGGCCUACGGGAUUACGGGGCGUGGCGCUUCGAAGAAAUGGAGCGCGCCAGCUUGGAGCGUCUACGCGGGGUGCAAGCGAAAGGAACGCCUACGGAGGCUCAAGCUGCGAGUGCGACGUCGAAUGGAACGCCGAAGGGUGGCGUUCCAGAAGUGUCCGCUGAUAGGACCGUGCGACCGUCGUCGGGCGGAGCGGCUCGGCGAGGGCGCCGAGGAUUAGUCGGGGAGAAUUGCCACGGUCUACAGUUAGAUGGAGGACUCGCUAUCCUCGUGGAUUGUAUCCAGAAGGUCUGCAACUACAGGCUCAACGGGCUACAUCCUACAAGCAAGGGCAAGAGGAGCAGACGGCGGCGUUCCAUGUCUAGAGUGGGUCUGGAGUGA